AUGGAUCACUUCAUCUUACCGAGUCAACCCUCAGCACCAUUAGCAUAUGCUCUUGAUCCUGAAGGCUACCUGAAUCGCCUCAACGACAGCCAGCAAUAUGCGAGAUACGACACCAUCCCUUUGCGUAACCCACCAGGUGCAGAAAAUUCCGUUCUUGUUCAAGCGACAAUCCGUGAUCAGUCCACCGGAUAUGCCGAGCUGAACCAUGACCCGUCCUUUCCUCCUUCGCUGGUCUUUUACCAUCUUCCUGAGCCUCCUUCAGAUCCUCAAACAUCCGAAGAUUCUCACCCCAAAGCACUAAGCAUCCACCAAGCUGCAUUGUUAUUGUUCACGAAACCCUCGUCGCCCGAACACCACACCCCGUCCAGAAGGGAAGGACUUGCUCGACUUAUGCCAUUUCGUCGUUGUUCCUUGGACUCACUGUCCAUGGGGUCGUUGUAUGAUGUACAGCAACAAACAGAUGUUCAUAUUCCUAGGCCUCUCCAUUAUGACCCUGAACGCUCGAUCUUGCUCACUUCGGCGUGGGGGAACUUGCGGCCACUUUCACUCCUGUUCGGCGAAGCCUUUGACCAAAAUACUCAAAGUCGUGUAAGAACGGCAGACCGAUCUGCAGUUCGAAGUCUCUUUGCGUGCCCUCGGGUCGUUAGGCCCUUUUUCAAGUUGCUGGGUACGAGAUUGGCUGUCUUGCUUGCCACGAUGCACGACCCGCAUAUCAUGAAACAGCUGCAGUUGACGAGCAAUGCUCCGUCGCCUACGAAAUUUGCCUGUGCGGAUGAAGGGAGACACAGACUUCGUGGAGAGGUUACAAAAUGGCGAAAUCACGUUCAGCACAUGGAGGUAUUUGUGGAGUCUCCGAACGUGUUGGACCGUUUCUGCAGAAUUCUCCUCGACGAUGUCGACCGGCAAUAUUUUCCAGACAAUUAG